AUGCCUGAAGUUGUGGACCCCCGCAUGAUCUCGGUGACGCCCAGGAUACGAUACAACACCAUCGGAGGCGUCAACGGUCCAUUGGUUAUCCUCGACAAUGUCAAAUUCCCGCGAUACAACGAGAUUGUCUCCCUGACUCUGCCCGAUGGCACCGAGCGCUCUGGUCAGGUCCUCGAAGCUCGAGGCAACCGCGCCGUUGUCCAGGUCUUCGAAGGCACAUCUGGUAUCGAUGUCAAGAAGACCAAAGUUGAAUUCACUGGACACAGCUUGAAGCUCGGUGUGUCCGAGGACAUGUUGGGUCGUAUCUUCGAUGGUUCAGGAAAGCCCAUCGACAAGGGCCCCAAGGUGCUUGCCGAGGACUACCUUGACAUUAACGGUUCUCCCAUCAACCCAUACUCUCGUGUCUACCCCGAGGAGAUGAUCUCCACCGGUAUCUCCGCCAUCGACACCAUGAACUCGAUCGCCCGUGGCCAAAAGAUCCCCAUCUUCUCCUCGUCGGGUCUACCUCACAACGAAAUCGCCGCGCAGAUUUGCAGACAGGCUGGUCUUGUUGGAAAGCCAUCCAAGGGUGUACAUGAUGACCACGACGACAACUUCUCCAUUGUCUUCGGUGCUAUGGGUGUCAACUUGGAGACGAGUCGCUUCUUCACUCGCGACUUCGAGGAGAACGGCAGUAUGGAGCGUGUCACUCUGUUCCUCAACUUGGCAAACGACCCUACCAUCGAGCGUAUCAUUACUCCACGUCUCGCCCUUACCACCGCCGAAUACUACGCCUACCAGCUCGAGAAGCACGUCUUGGUCAUUCUUACCGACUUGUCCUCUUACUGUGAUGCGCUACGUGAGGUUUCCGCUGCCCGAGAGGAAGUCCCUGGUCGCCGUGGUUACCCCGGUUACAUGUACACGGAUUUGUCUACAAUCUACGAGCGUGCUGGACGUGUUGAGGGCCGUAACGGAUCUAUCACUCAGAUCCCUAUUCUUACUAUGCCUAACGACGAUAUCACACAUCCUAUCCCCGAUUUGACUGGUUACAUUACGGAAGGUCAGAUCUUCAUUGACCGUCAACUCGACAACAAGGGUAUCUACCCUCCGAUCAACGUUCUCCCAUCCCUCUCCCGUCUCAUGAAGUCUGCCAUCGGUGAGGGCCGCACACGAAAGGACCACGGUGAUGUGUCCAACCAGCUGUACGCCAAGUACGCUAUUGGUCGUGAUGCCGCUGCCAUGAAGGCAGUCGUCGGAGAGGAAGCUCUGUCCUCAGAAGACAAGCUGUCGCUUGAGUUCCUCGAGAAGUUCGAGCGCUCCUUUAUCUCCCAGGGUGCCUACGAGUCCCGCUCCAUUCACGAAUCCCUCGACCUCGCCUGGUCGCUGCUCCGUAUCUACCCCAAGGAACUCCUCAACCGUAUCCCAGCCAAGGUUCUCGACCAAUACUACCAGAGGAGUCGGGGCGGUGACGAUGGUGACAAGAAGAAGGGCAACAAGGAUACCAAGGACAACUCUGGUGAGAAUGGCCAACAGGGUGAGAACUUGAUUGAUGUUUAA